AUGACCGAAAAAGCCCCUCCUUCUCUCGCCGCCGUUGCGGUUUCUUCUGUCAUCCUGGGCCUGCUGGCAGGCUACUUUAUCGGACAGGGCUCUAGUAUUGGAGUCUUUGGUGGUUCCGGAAAUGCAAAACAAGCUAGAAAGAGCUGGCCAAAUAGCUACGACGUCAAAGUACAUGCCGACUCGAGCGACGACCAGGCAGACGAUGAGGAUGAAGCGGACGAGGAAGACGAAGACGAUGGGAAAGAGCUGAAUGAUUUCAAGGACUCGACAGAGGAGGUGAAGCUUGUGUUGGCAGUGAGGACGGACCUGGGAAUGGGCAAGGGCAAGAUUGCGGCUCAAUGCUCCCACGCGACGCUUGCCUGCUACAAAUACCUCCUCAACCACGUCACCUCGGCUCCUCUACUGAAACGCUGGGAAUGGGGUGGACAGCCAAAAAUUGCGGUGCAAGUCAAGUCUGAGGAGGAACUGGAAACACUCCAAGCACAAGCGAUCAGCCUGGGCCUUUGCGCAAGGAUCAUACACGACGCUGGAAGGACUCAAAUUGCUGCUGGCAGCGCCACGGUACUGGGUGUUCUCGGGCCCAAAAGCGUGGUCGAUCAGGUCACCGGCCACUUGAAGCUCCUGUGA